CCCUCGUCCCAUCCUCUCCUCCCUCCCUCCCUCCCUCCCAUGGCGGAGUCGCCCGAGAACACCACCGCGGCGCCCGCCGCUCCUCCCGCCCCCGCCCCGGCCCCGGCGCCGAAGCCGUCCCCGCCCGCCAGGUCCGGGAUCCCACCGCGGUACGACCUCGACGCCAAGUGGGACGCCUGCCUCGACCUCUCCAUCCGCCGCGUCGCCCACUCCUCCCUCGCCGGCGCCUUCGGGGGCCUCAUCCUCUUCCGUAAGCUCCCCACCGCUGCCUCCCCCUUCCCCUCGCCGCAACGCAAGAUCUGUUCGCCGCGCCUCCCAUGCGUGUCUCUUGAUCUAGGGUUGCGCGGAAAUGAUGCCCGUGCUCCAUCUCGAUCGGUGGUGGCCGCCGUGGAUACCCGCGGCUAUGGUGAGCCCCUGCGCCACCGCCCUCUCUCCUCUCCUCCCCUACUCCCUCACCCAUCUCUCUCCCCCGUAGACGAACCCCGCCGCCAGGAGGCCGCCAUGGAGGCCCGUCCCGAGAUUGCUUCGCUGCUCCUUCAGUGACCCUCGUUGCGCCUGGAUCCGAGCGGAUCCGACGAUUCCCCGACGCGCAGGCGGGCCAGCACGCGACGCUAGGCGGAGGAUCCCUCCCAUGGCGCCGGCGGCUCUGGAGAUGAGUUCUGUACUUACAUUUCUAGCUAGCUUUGAGCGAAUGUGAUGAUGAAGCCGUUGCCCUGCAGUAUUUUUAGAUUAAUUUUGUGUUGUUUUCUAUAUAUUGCAUUCUCACUACCAUGCUUAAUUAUUUACAGGGCCAUUAGAACUUGUAACUUGAGUCGUGGAAAUCCGAAUGUGGUUAUUUAUAUCAGAGUAGAUGCUACUGUGACAUGGGCAUGCACUUCACUCCAACGAAGAUGUAAUCCCCAAGGCGGGGUAAAACUUGAGUCACCUACAAAAUGAUUUUUACCAUUUGUCAGAGCAGAAGUUUUUCUAGGGUUGUGCAUGUCGAGCCUGUUUGGCUGUUUAUGAGCAGGCUACACUAUAGUCAAUCAAGCCCUUGCAAGAUAGUAAUGCAUUUUUGCAUUCUAGGGUUACAAUGGCGACUAAUAAACAAGACGACCAUGCAGAUCUGAUAGAGAAGAGACCCACCCCGGUGACCUCCUACAGCCAUGGUCGAUGGCAGCCCCGGCAAGGAGUGGCUCACGGUCACAGGAGAGAAGGAUCUCCGUACCCUACAAAGCUCGCUGGAGACGGAUCCAUAGGAGCGCAACCAGCAGCUCAAGUAGUUUUACCCGUGCAACCAUCCGGCUAAUUCGCUGGACCUGAAGAAUACCGACGAGUCAACGGACACAUGACGUCCCUGCAGGCUCUGCUGCAGGAGCUACAUCAUCCACUCGCAUACUGUACAAUGUUUACUAAGACAACAUCAACAUGGAAUAUUUGUCUGUCAACUCAGUGAAGCACCAACGGAUCAAGGACAUUGAGGUUGAUAUUUGUAUUCUACUCG